GGCUGUAUAGAUCAGUGAGUGAGCGGCACCGUGCUGGGAUGAAGACGCUCAUUGUUGGAGUUGGAGGGAUGACCAAUGGAGGAAAAUCCACUCUCUCCAAGAGUCUACAGCAGCAGAUACCCAACAGCUGCAUCAUUGCACAGGAUACGUAUUUUAAGGAUGAUGCUGUUGUACCGGUGGACAGCAACGGCUUCAAGCUGUACGACGUGCUCGAUGCUCUCCGCAUGGACACGAUGAUGAACGAAGUCGACUCGUGGAGGAGAGACCCCGAGUCGUUCCUGAGGCAGCGAGACCUGAACUCUGAGCACCAAACGCCGUCCGUCGAUAAGGACGUGUGCGUGCUGAUAGUGGAAGGAUUCCUCAUUUUCAACCACAGGCCUCUGAAUGAGCUGUUUGACAAAAGAUAUUUCCUGGAAAUACCGUAUGAUGUCUGCAAGCUGAGACGAAGUUCCAGGGUGUACAAGCCUCCCGACCCUCCCGGUUACUUCGAUGGACACGUGUGGCCGAUGUACCUAAAAAAUCGCCAAGAGAUGGAGAGCGUCACGUCGGACAUCGUUUUCCUCGAUGGUCAGAUGUCGAAAGAAGAGCUGCUGGCUGCUGUGUGUAGAGAUGUCAUCCAUGAAAUAGAACGACUCAGGGAGACAGACUGAUUUGUUUUCCAGCUGAAGAUGGAGACUGCAGCUUCCGUGGAUGUUGACUAAUGUGUGAUUGAAAGGACCAAACUGGGGCUUUUCUUUGGUGUUGUGUGAAUAUCCUGGUUUUAGAGUUUGAAUGAGAACUAAUUGGUGCUGCAGCAUCUGAAGCUGUCCAGCUGGAGGCUGGACCUGAUGUGUUUGCCGUUAAUGAGCAGUGUUUUAAGUCUUUGGGGGGAUGAAGUAUGUCGUGGUUUUGUGACGAUGUGAGGCCGAUGCAGAUUUUAGGACUUUAUAGUUGACUGAUGGUUUGGCUGGUUUUCUGUCUAACCGUAACAUAACUAUACAUAUAUAUAUGACCAUAACUUGUGAGGAGGUUCUGGAUAACCAAAGGUUGGAUGCGUAUUUACUGAGGAUCACAUUAAAAGAUUUUGUCACUCAUAUGUGGAUAUUACAAAUAAUGAACUACGAUUGUUGUUUCCUAUCGUUAGAUGAGCUUGUUUUGUUUUUAUGAUGAUUUUAAUGACUUUGCUCAGUGUGCAUCCACAUUUAGUCGGAGAAACUCGUGAAAUGAUGAAGUCUGGAUGUUGGAAAACACUCAAAAGUUUCUUAUGAAUGUUUCAGAAAAGCUGGAGGUGACACAGAAACAGAGGAGUAAAAAGUCAGCAGAAGAUUUCUAUUUCUUCUCUGUUUUUUUAUAGUUUUUUUUUUUUUUUACUGAUGAGUUUAUUCUUGUAACUCUGUUUUGGGAGUUUUUUUUGUGGUAAGUUGUUCAAAAUGUCACUCAUUGUAAAGCAGCUAGUGGAAAGUGGAAUAGAAGAAAACUCACCAG